UGUCACUGGUGCAGGAAGUGCCUGAGGGGUAGACAAACUUUAGUCUGGAAUUUCCCCUUUUCAUUUCUUAUAUUCAACUUAAAAUGCAGUGGUAAAUAAUGCUUAAAAACUCAAGGUGACGCUAGCAAGAAGUUACUUUGAACUUUCCAGUGCAGUGAGUGCAUUGCCAGCCUUGGUCUCUAGCACCGCACAGUGGUGUCAGAGUGUCAGAACUGUCUUAAGCAGUCUUUCCUGCUCGUGUAUUUGUACCCAGUGCUCUGGGCUAAAGGUUGCGCAUGCACUGCAAAUCCCGAGGCCGCUUUCCUAGCAUCUGUUUUAUAGCUGGGGAACCGACUGAUGAGAUGGUUGGUGUUUUGUAUGUCAUAACUUGUACUCCAAGUCAUGCUGCUUGUUUUCAGUUGUUUGCCUUCAGCUACAACCAUGCCAAUAAAGGGAUGAAGUUACAUCUCAGAGGCAUUGCUAAUCUUUAAUAUGUACGUAGUUGUAAGUGUAGCCUUGAAAACAGACAUUCUUGGUUUUUUGUGCCAAGAAGUGUAACCAGAUGUGAACACCUUUCUCUGUGUUAGGAUAUUAGUGCAUCGUAAUCAAAGGAGAAGAGCACUUGCAUGAACAUCUGUAGGAGUGCUGGGACCUGAGUAAAAACAUAGAGUAGAAAUAGCAUGAAGGGAAGACUUCUGUAGGGCAUAGUUUGAAUAUGGGGCCCUGUUAUCAGUAAAAUCUAUAGCAGCCUGAAGAGGAAUUAAGGUAAGAGAGCUGUGAUAGUUGUGGAUGAACCCUAAAGCUCAGCAAUAAGUGAGGAAAUAGGGAAAUCGGAGCAAACUGAAGGAAAUUGGCUGAGAAUUUGUAGUUCUGUAUCCCAUAUGUCAAACUCCAGAGGUUCUGUGGGGUUUGUCAGAACUGAGUCUUAAUUGUUCCAUGGAGGUAUGGCCUCUGCUGGUAGAUUACAUGUAUUGUCAUCUCCUUUUAUCUUAAACUUAUCAAGUUCUGCUUGGAUGAAGUUGAAAUGGAUUAAAGAUCAGUGAAGUCCUGAUAAAAUUUAUCUUGAUAAAACUCAAAAUGAGAGGCUAGUUGUGUGUUAGAUAUUCACAUUCCCUUUUACGAGAUGUAAGAUUUUUCAAGGAGCAUAUAGAUGCCAUUUAAGAGUACAAAGCUGUUAUUUAUUGCAGUCUGCAUGCAAUGCUAGGUAGGACUAAUAAUUGGCCUUUGGAUCACAGCUACGUGGAAUGUUACGGAGGGGUAGAAGUGUCCUCCCUGUGCCCUUUGAUCUAAUGUGCUCUGCACCACGAAACUCUGUGCUGUGCAGAAGGGGGGCUUCAUCAGGUUGUCUGAAAAAUAUAUUUGAUCCUGCUUCUGUUCUGCUCCUGCUGCUGAAUAUUCUCAAAUUUCCCUUCUGGGAAGGUUACGAAGAUGGGGAGCAGUGUCCUACUGGUAUACAGCCCUCUUGUGUCCUGAAGCUCAAUUAUAUUUGCACACUUGUCUGUGUGAAUGCAAGUCAUUACCAUGUAUUUGGUGUGAUCGAGUUGUAAUGACUCAGCUCUGAGAAGCUGUACGUACAGUCUGCCAAAUAAAACACAAGCACACAAGUAUCCAUAGCGGUGGGCCUGGCCUUCUCAUUUUUAGAACAGAAUAGAAUGGUAAGUUCUAAAAGAAACCCCACUGUGCUGGCCCAGAGGCUGAACAACGUGUCAGUCACGUGUAACAGUGCAGUUGUCCAAUAUGCCAAGAAAUCUGGCAGGCAGAUUUUGUGUGUGUAUUUGUGCCUGGUCUUUUUUGAGUCAGUUUGAAAGAGAGAUCUUAAUGUUGUCAUAUGAUCUUAAGUGAUGCUUUGCACGCGAUGUUAAUUCUAAUUCAUUUGCAUUAUUCCUGGAUAUAGGGUCAGUAUCUUUUUACAUAAUAUGAAAUUACAAAUGCAGUACAAUAACUGCCUUUUUGCAUCUCAUUUUCCCAUUUUGUACAGUGAAGUAAUUCACUGAAAUUAAAACCUCAAGAAGUCCAUGUUUUUUCAGCCUGAUGCCAAACCCUGAUGUGGUCUUAGGUCAGUGGUAUUUGGGUUUGGGGUUUUUUAUUUGUUUUUGUUUUUAAUUUUUUAUUUUUAGCUGCUUUUUUGAGGCUGGGAGUUGGAUACACAUUCACAACUUCAGAAGAGUCUACAGGUUGCUUUCCAGCUUGGAAGGGAAUCCCAUGCAUGUAGAAGUAGAAAUAGACAAAUUGUUUCUUAUAAAGCAAUUUCCUAACAAAUGUAUUGUGUGCUAACCUUUACCCUCCAGUUUUCCCCUGUCCUUGUAGAGAUAAGGGGGUUCUUAGGGGCGAGCAGGGGUGUGUGUGCAGGCUUUUCUGUUUGUUCAACUCAUAGGCGGAUUCAUUUUUUCCCUCCAGGAAAAUACGAUAAUACAAACUGUGCCAACUUGUUUGAAACUGACAUACAGCUUCCAGAGCAAGACAGAAACAUACAUGUGUAGUCUGGAUUGAGUCCAAAGCAUCUUUACCUCUGAACUGGUUUAGGCGAGAGAGACAGGAUGUUCCACAGAGCACAAAGCCAUGUGAUUAAAGAUCAUGAACAAACACAGAGUAUAUUAUUAACAGAACACCAGACCACAUUUCAUGUUGGGUUUUCUGGCUGGUAACCCAUGGAGGUGACUCAAGAAGUUAACAGAGACACCAAGGUCUGGUCUGUUCCUGCAUAACGAAUAUUCAGAAAAGAUUCCCUGAAGCUGUCUUCGUGUAUGGCAGUCUAAGAAAACUGUUCACACAGGUGCUGACAGUGGUGCAGAUAUACUGCUGUGGGACUCUGCUCAGGAACGUGUGCUGAGAGAAUUUUUUGGUAAUUCCUACACAGAGGUUUUUCCUUGACUCACAGUUCAGUAUGUGUUCAGCAAUCAGGAUCCCUGUUCUUUCCAGGCUCCUUGUGCUGUUGAUGUCUUUCAUUCCUUUCAGUGACCUUCUGUCUGUCCUAUUUUGUGGCCCCUUCCAUUUUUUUGAUCCCUCCAGAUCCUGAUCAGCAGCUAAUCUAGGCCAUAAUCUUUACAGGCGAACUAUGAGACAUGAAGUGAGGAUGCACGUAGUUGAAGGUAUGAGGUGAAGGGUGGGUGAUGCUGCGAGACUCGUGAAGCACUUGUCUAACAGUUGGCAAGCAAUUUUGCUGGGAAUUGUAAAACUUAGACCUUUUUGUGGCUGCUUAUGGCACUGGGAUAUUCUGCUCCUGGGAAUUUGCAUGCCUCUGACCCCAGGAAGUCUCAAGAUAUCCACAAAUUUUUAGCGUAUAAAUGUUUCUUAAGGAAAUUCAACAGAAAAGUCUCAGAACCACUGUGUCCCAUCCUGUCAGUUUAUGUGCCCAUGCAUGGGGUCUGUACUUCUGCUCUUCUCUGUUAGUAAAAGGCUGAAGUGCCAGUGAAUGUGGGUGAAUUCUGGUGUUUUACAGAAACUUCUCUGCUAUCUGGGCAGUCUGUGGGGAUUUGGGGAAGGGAGCGUCACCUGUGUGGAUUUUUUUUCUCAUAGAAUGUUACUUUAUUACAAAUAGACACAUGCAACCUGGGUUUUCCUUUUCAGGGCUUCACAAAUACUAUCAGAUUUUUUGUCUGUAUUUAACACUUUUAGUCAAGCAAAGUGAUCUGAUUGUGUCUUAACAACUCCCUUUAGUGUUGCAGGCUCAUCAUACUUAAUGUGCAUUUUAGCCAGGAGGGAAAGGAGCAUUUGGUGCUGUGGAAGCAGUGGGUGUUGGAUCCCUGACAUAACAUGACAGCUUUUCCUGUAUCGCCCACAGCAUCACUCGGGAAAUUGUCUCUCAAAAAGAUGCCAGCUCCCUCUCCCCUGGAGUCAAAGCAAAAUGUAUUUUUUUUUUCCUGACACUUCCUCACUCUUUAUUAACUCUUCUUUGUUAUUGCUGAAAUGGAGACAUCCCAAGGCCCUCUGAGCAUGGUGAUGCUUUGGAUGAAAGGAGACCUACUGUGGAGCAGCAUGUAUCAGAGCUCCAAUGAGAGGCCCUUGGGUGCUCGCCCAGGAGAGGGGGAGUGCAAGCAUGAAUCACAAGUGGUAGAACUGGGAAAGCAGUGGUGUCAGCACAGUUAUUCCUUGAAUCACUCUUAGCUAGCAGUUGGUCAGCUGGCAGAUGGUUGCAGCCUGAAGUGAAAGCUUAUAACUCACCAGCCAGCAAAUAGUCCCAAAAGUGAAUAUCUGCAUUUCAUCAGCAUCUUGUAUUGUCUUUGUGAAAAAUGGUAUUCGCUUGCAGGUAAUUGGUUGUGCUUCAGUUUCUUGUGGCUUCCUAUGCAUUCAUUUGUGUUAGGUCAGCUCAGCUGUUUUAUAAGCUUGGAAAUGUUCUUAAAAUCUAAUGAGCUUGCAGUGUGAAAGAUCUCAAACAGCCAGACCUGUGAGGCUUUCUACCAACCUGCUCUGCUCAGCAUUGGUACAGCCACACGUGGAGUUCUGUGUCCAGAUCUGGACCCCCGAGUGCAAGGGAGGCCUAGACAUACUGGAACAUCCAAAAGGACUACCAAGAUGAUCGAGGGACUGGAGCACCUCUCCUGUGAGAUGGGGCUGAGAGCUGGGACUGUUCAGCCUGGGUGAGGCUCGGGAGAAGGGAGAUCUUAUCAGUAUCAAAGGAAGAGUGCACAAGAGCCUUACUAUUUCCUGUGGUGCCACUGACAGAACAAAAGGCACCGGGGAUAAACUGGAACGCAGAAGGUUCCGUCUAAACAUCAAGAACCACUUCUUUACUGUGCAGGUGAUGGAGUACUGGCACAGGCUGCCCAGAGGGGCUGUAGAGUCUCCCUGUGCUUGGCGCGAUAAGCACCGCUUUAACGGCGUCAGUUCCACUUGCCUGAAGGAAAGCGGUAGCAUAAUGCUCAGUGAUGCAGCAGGUGUUUCAAAAACCCUACCAGCAUAGGGAUUACCCCUUUACCUCCAUAAGCACGUAGUAGAAUUUCAGAAAAACAAAUGUCUGGGAAGAAAUGUUAUUGGAGAGGCUUCUCCCAGUAGUGUUUUUAUGACCAGACUGUUAUGGUUUUGUCUUGUUUCUAUUCUGUCCCUAAAACAUGAGAGCAAGGGGCAGAUCAGCAUAGGAAAUAAAACUGGAAGGUAGACCUGUUUUGCUGUGGAGGAAUUAUUUAUCUUUGCACUGUUCACUUGCUCCUUGUAUUCAGAUUUACCAUGUCCUGCAUGGGAACAUUCCUCUACCAUAGCCACGGCAUUCAGGAGGAGCUAAUUAAGCAAUUAUAUUAUCAGGUGGUGGGAGUAAAAAUCUCGUCUACGCAGUGCAUGGACUUAGCAGUUUGACUCAUUAUAGUUUAUGACUUACUAUUAUGUAAUCGGUGUGUUGCUCCAUAGGUGCAUGCUGUGCAAAACAGAAGUAAACAGCUGCUCUGCCAUCUGUGUUACACAUAUGGAGAUCAUGACGUUGGUCAGCUGGCCAUAGAGAAAGGUGACAACAGGCUUCUGAUCAUCAGCUUAGAAGAUUAGAAGUCUGAAUUGCACAAACAACACUCCUGGUAGCCAAGAAAGCUUUGAUCUUGAUAAUGACAGGAUGCGAUGGCUGGAAGCUGUAGCUCACAGGAUUAAUACAAGAAACAAGGAAUCAAGCUGUUCAGUGUAGCACAUAUGGAAAGGAGACUUCGUUUGGAUUUGGCAAUGGAACAAAGGCAUUCGCGUAUCUGGUAAAAUCAUAAAGAAUCCUGGGCUGGAAAGGACCCAUGAGGAUCAUCAGGUCCAACUCCUGACUCCACACAGGACAACCUAAGAGCGAAGCCAGACUCUCAGCCAUGAUGAUUCCACCAUCUGCAACACCUCCUGCCAGCGAUGCUGCACUUUUGCCAAGUGUGGCUUCUCAGGAAACGUGGAGGUCACAGGUUCCAGGUUAUCCUGGGUCAGUCACACAGCACAUAAGUCACCGGGCUAAUAACUUCAAGAGACAUCCGAAAAGGAGAAAAUUCAUCCGCCCUUCGCCACCGCCACCACCAAAUACUCCAUGUCCUAUUGACUUGAUUGGCUUUGGGGAUCUCCAGCCUCGGAGAUCUUUCCUGGAACUCCUGUUUAAUGGGUGUAUUCUCUUUGGGCUUGAGUUUAGCUAUGCCAUGGAAACAGCCUAUGUUACACCUGUGUUGCUUCAGAUGGGGCUGCCAGACCAGCUGUACGGAAUGGUGUGGUUCAUCAGCCCUAUACUAGGGUUCCUGCUACAACCUUUGCUGGGGGCUUGGAGUGACAGAUGCACAUCAAGAUUUGGGAGGAGAAGACCUUUCAUUCUGGUCUUAGCAGUAGGUGCAUUGUUUGGACUCUCACUUAUGCUGAAUGGCAGAGAUAUUGGGAGUGCCUUGUCUGACACUGUGAAUAACCACAAAUGGGGGAUCAUUCUUACAGUCUGUGGUGUUGUCCUCAUGGACUUCAGUGCAGAUUCAGCAGACAAUCCCAGCCAUGCCUACAUGAUGGAUGUAUGCAGCCCAGUGGAUCAAGACAGGGGCCUCAACAUCCAUGCUUUGUUAGCAGGUCUUGGAGGUGGCUUUGGUUAUGUUAUUGGAGGAAUACAUUGGGAUAAAACCAGUUUUGGAAAAGCUGUGGGAGGGCAACUGCGUGUCAUCUAUGUCUUCACAUCAAUAAUACUGACUAUCACUACUGUGCUGACUCUAAUUAGCAUUCCAGAAAGACCCCUAGGGUCCUUUAGCAAGAAGAAAAAGGUGAUGAAGAGUCCAAGUCUUCCUCUCCCUCCUUCUCCACCUCUCUUUGAAGAGGGUGUAAGUGAAAACUUUGCUUCUCAUAACUCAGCUCACUUAUAUGCAAGUUUUACAAGCCCCGUUUCUCCCCUCAGCCCACUCACACCUAAGUAUGGCAGUUUUGUCAGCAGAGACAAUUCCUUGACAGGAAUUAACGAGUUUGCAUCGUCAUUUGGGACUUCAAAUAUUGACAGUGUGCUUAUAGACUGUUUUACAGGUGGGCACAGUAGUUACUUAGCACUUCCAGCUAGCUUGCCCAGACAGCCUGUCAGUGUCAGCUUUCCUCGGGUGCCAGAUGGUUGUUACCAACAAGAAAAUGGAAUUCUGGAGCAAGGGGAGAGGCGUAUAACUCCGGGUCCUGAUGGAGAGGCACUGAGGGUGGGCUCCUUGGAUACAAUAAAGCCACGGUCAUCAGGCAUCCUGAAAAGACCUCAGAGCUUGGCCAUUCCAGAUAUUGUAACAGGACAUUGUCCAGAAAGUAGCAGAAGAAGAAAUGUAACUUUCAGCCAACAGGUUGCUAAUAUCCUGCUGGAUGGUGUUAAGUAUGAGAGUGAGUUGAAUGGAUCAGGCGAGACCUCUGAACAACCACUCUCCAUGAGACUUCUUUGCUCAACCAUCUGCCACAUGCCCAGGGCUCUUCGUAACCUCUGCAUCAACCACUUCCUAGGAUGGCUCUCAUUCGAGGGGAUGUUGCUCUUCUACACUGACUUCAUGGGAGAAGUAGUGUUUGAAGGGAAUCCAAAAGCCCCUCACAACUCAGUUGAGUAUCAGAAGUACAACGCUGGGGUCACCAUGGGCUGCUGGGGAAUGUGCAUCUAUGCAUUCAGUGCUGCUUUCUAUUCAGCUGCACUGGAGAAGCUGGAGGAGCGGUUCAGCACACGGACGCUGUACUUCAUUGCAUAUUUGGCCUUUGGGCUGGGCACUGGGCUGGCCACGCUCUCCAGAAAUAUCUACGUAGUGCUGUCACUGUGCACGACCUAUGGCAUUCUCUUUGCCACGCUCUGCACGCUGCCCUACUCUCUACUCUGCGACUACUACCAGAGCUGUGAGUUUGCAGGCUCGCACAUGGAGGGUACACGGCGUGGGAUGGGUGUUGAUAUCUCCCUACUCAGCUGCCAGUACUUCUUGGCGCAGAUCCUGGUGGCCCUGGCCAUGGGGCCACUGACGACAGCUGUGGGCAGUGCCAGUGGCACCAUGUACUUUGCCAGCCUGGUGUCCUUCCUGGGCUGCCUCUUCUCCUCUCUCUGUGUCAUCUAUGAGCCAACCCUGUCUGCUGAGGAGCUGCCACCCAACGAGGAGCAGAGCCCGCUCCUUCCCUGUGUGCAGGACCAAUAAAUGGGAGAAGCUUCUGUACCCUUGGCUACCUCACUUGCACCAUUCUUGUCCUCAACCAUCAUGGUAAGGUGGGCUCAUGUGCCCUUAGGAUGGCAGCAACUGGAGGUGGGCUGUGGGUGACUGUGCUGAUAGUGGGCAUGGGAAACCAGUGAAACUGGCACACAUCUUUUCUGUGAACUUUCCCCUGCCUGCAGGGAGGGCAGUGCCUGGCACUGUGCAUCUUUCCCAAGUUGGUAAAAGCUGAUCUAUGCUUACAGGACUUGUGGUCACAUCAGUGGGAACCAUUGGUGGCAGUGUGGGACCUUCUCUCCAACUGCCAUACAGUGCCAUUUUUCCUUAGGAGGGAUGAUGUUUCUUGGCCUGAGGUGGGGGACCCAGAAGACCAGUGCUCAGGCAGGUGGAUCCCGAUGUCGUGGGUGGCAGUAAGCAGUGGGGCUCCAUUGCUGUGGGAGAACCAGGGCCAUGGUGUGCCACCAGCUUUGUGAGCAGAAGUUGCCUGGCCCUUGGUUGUUGAGGGCUACAACUCCCGCAGGACCUCAGGGAGCACUGAGGACAACACAUGGGUCUCACCUUCCGUAUGUUAAACCUGGCCCUGACCUGGCUUUUCAGAACUUCAGGGCAUAAUGCAAGUACUCUGUGAAGGCCCAUGGCUGGGCUUCCAUGUGCACCAAGCUCCAGCCAGCAGAACUGCUCCAAGAAGUUGCUGUGGGAUGAAACUGGCUCCAAACCCUGCUCUGUAAGUUCUGACUGUGGUCCACA